CACACUCCGGAUGAAUUCAUCGAUAUCAAUUCUCUUUUUCUUAUGUUUAUCGCAGUCAGCUUCGUUGGCCGGCAGUCACAUGAUAUACACCCAUGAUAUAUAGCCAUCUUUUACGAGAAAAUGUUCUGCUUAAAAUAUUUAUUUCAGAUGUCUACGCAAGCUUGCCACCUCCUCCACGAGACAUGACAGCCUCAGAUCAGUCUGUCACAGACAAGGCAUCCAUGUCCACACCAGCCUCACUCCAUGGAAUCAGACCAGAAACUGUGCAGCGUCAGCCCCACAUGGACACAGGAGAUUGGUCAGGGACAUGCUCAUUUGUGUUGGAAGAGGAAUGCCUGGGUGACCCAGAAAGCACAGAAACCGAGCCCACUGCAAUUCAGGAGCCAGGAGAUGAUGCUACACAUACAACAGGCACUGCAAGCACUUCAAGUGUAGCUACUGUCUUGCCUGUACCAUCAGAGAUACUACAACCAAUAGAGAACUCCAAUGUCCCGUCAGCAUCACAACCUUCCUCAAAAGAAAAGGUGUGA